UGACGAAGAUGAUGAUAGUGAUGAUAUGUUUCGUGUGUGUGGUCAACGCAGGAGAGAAUUGUCGGAAAACAGGACACGUGUUGAGAUGUGACCGUUAUGACGCGGAGGUCAUUCAGCAGGCUACAGUGGAAGUGGUUUAUCUAGGAUACUGUCCAUUGAUACAGUUCUUCCCUAACUUAGGCCAUGUGAUCAACCGACUGAUAAUUGAAAGAACCCCCAUGACAUGUAACAGUUUUCACCAUCAGACAGACACCGUCAUAUUUUUGAAUGGGAAACAAUGCCAGAAAAGCACAGUAGCGUCAAGACAUCAGACUAAUCCAUCAUCACCCAUGACCACUUCCAGUGUUGCAGUUGAAACAAUAAUCGUAACGAUGAAUCGAACUUGGCUUUACGUUUCAUUCGGAUUAAUAGCAGUAAUCGUAGUGCUGUGUGCUGUGUGUUGUGUUCGAAUGAUGAUGAAGCGUCGAAAACGUAAUGAGGAACGUACAUUGAACUACCACAUUGGUGAUUUGGAAUCUGUGACAGAGUUUGAGUUAGGGGCGUUAAAAAACGAUUAACAUUAUUGUGUUACAGUCCUCCUGAUAGUCCUCAAGAUUGUGAUCCUAUCCAUUGGUGGAAAUCAAGAGACGAUUGACCCCCCAGGCGUAGCUCCACCCCCGCUGCGACGAUCAACUCGUACAAGACGAACACCUGUGCGUUACGCUUCGCAUGAGUGAAUUUCUUUUGGUAUAUUUACG